GGGACCGACACCGGGGCCGCCGCCGCCGCCUCCUGGUCGUCGUCCGCGGAAGCCCCCGCGGGGCGGAGCGGAGCGCCGGGGCCCGGCGUCGCCAUGCCGGCCGGGACCAGCGAGGCCGCCGGCGGCGGCGUCCUCAGCUACCAGAGACCGGACGAAGAGGCGGUGGUGGACCAGGGCGGGACCAGUUCCGUUCUCAACAUUCACUACGAGCAGGAGGAGCUGGAAGGCCACAGGACGCUGUACGUGGGCGUCCGGAUGCCCGUGGGCCGCCAGGGUCGCCGACAUCACCGGCCCCACGGCCAGAAGCACCGGAGGCGGGCGCGGGGGAAGGGAGCCGCCCAGGGGGAGGACGGCCAGGAGCCGCUGGCCCACGACACCCCGUCACAGCGGGUCCAGUUUAUCCUGGGCACCGAAGAGGACGAGCAGCACGUGCCCCACGACCUGUUCACGGAACUGGACGAGAUCUGCAUCAGGGACGGGGACGACGCCGAAUGGAAGGAAACGGCUAGGUGGCUGAAGUUCGAGGAGGACGUGGAGGACGGCGGCGAGCGGUGGAGCAAGCCCUACGUGGCCACGCUGUCUCUGCACAGUCUGUUCGAGCUGCGCAGCUGCCUGGUCAACGGGACCGUCCUCCUGGACGCACACGCCGGCAACAUCGAGGAGAUCUCAGACCUGAUCCUGGCCCAGCAGGAGCUGGCCGGAGCCCUGAGCCAGACCGUGCGGGCCCGGGUCCGCGAAGCCCUGCUCAGGAGGCAUCACCACCAGAACGAGAGGAAGAGGGGGACCCUCAUCCCCAUCGUCCGCUCCUUCACCGAGGUCGGCAAGAAGCAGCCCGACCCGCCCUCGAUGGACAGAAACACGGGCCAGAUGGUGUCGCCUCAGUCGGUUCCGGUUCACCUUGAGGGGAAAAAUGGAGUCAACUGUGAGAACAGUGGUGUGGAUUUAAGCAAGGCGGACCUUCACUUCAUGAAGAAAAUUCCCUCCGGAGCGGAAGCGUCGAACGUCCUGGUGGGCGAGCUGGAAACCCUGGACCGUCCCAUCGUGGCGUUCGUGCGCCUGUCCCCGGCCGUCCUGCUCUCGGGGUUGACGGAAGUGCCCAUCCCCACCAGGUUCUUGUUCCUCUUGCUGGGCCCUGUGGGAAAAGGGCAGCAGUACCAUGAGAUUGGCCGGUCCAUGGCUACCAUCAUGACCGAUGAGAUCUUCCACGACGUGGCAUACAAGGCACGGGAGCGGGCCGACCUCGUGGCGGGCGUCGACGAGUUCCUGGACCAGGUGACGGUGCUCCCGCCCGGGGAGUGGGACCCAUCCAUCCGGAUCGAACCGCCCAAAAGCGUGCCGUCCCAGGAGAAGAGGAAGAUGCCCGGGGUCACCCCGAACGGAAACCCGUGCCCCAGAGAGCCCGAGCAGCACGGAGGACACAGCGGCCCCGAACUCCAGCGCACGGGGAGGCUGUUCGGAGGGCUGGUGCUGGACGUGAAGCGGAAGGCGCCCUGGUACUGGAGUGACUUCCGCGAUGCCCUGAGCCUGCAGUGCCUGGCCUCCUUCCUGUUCCUCUACUGUGCCUGCAUGUCGCCCGUCAUCACCUUCGGGGGACUGCUCGGAGAGGCCACCGAGGGCCGCAUCAGCGCGAUGGAGUCCCUGCUGGGCGCCUCGAUGACGGGCAUCGCGUACUCACUGUUCGCCGGGCAGGCCCUCACCAUCCUGGGGAGCACCGGGCCCGUGCUGGUGUUCGAGAAGAUCCUGUUCAAGUUCUGCAAGGACCACGCGCUGUCCUACCUGUCGCUCCGCGCCUGCAUCGGCCUGUGGACGGCUUUCCUGUGCGGCGUGCUGGUGGCCACCGACGCCAGCUCGCUCGUCUGCUACAUCACUCGCUUCACCGAGGAGGCCUUCGCCUCGCUCAUCUGCAUCAUCUUCAUCUACGAGGCCAUCGAGAAGCUGAUUCACCUCGGGGAGACCUACCCCAUCCACAUGCACAGCCAGCUGGACCGCCUCAGCCUCUACUACUGCAGGUGCGCCCCGCCGGAGAGGCCCAGCAACCACACCCUGCAGUACUGGCGGGAACACAACAUCUCCGCCCCCGAAACCAACUGGGCCAACCUGACCGUCACCGAAUGCCAGGAGAUGCACGGCCAGUUUGUCGGCCCGGCUUGCGGCCACCACGGCCCCUACGCCCCCGACGUGCUCUUCUGGUCCUGCAUCCUCUUCUUCACCACCUUCAUCCUGUCGGCCACGCUGAAGACCUUCAAGACCAGCCACUAUUUCCCCACCAGGGUACGCUCGGUGGUGAGUGACUUUGCGGUUUUCCUCACCAUCUUCACCAUGGUGAUUCUCGACUUCCUCGUCGGAGUCCCUUCCCCAAAGCUCCAGGUCCCCAGCGUGUUCAAGCCCACCAGGGAUGACCGGGGCUGGCUGAUCAGCCCCAUAGGCCCCAACCCCUGGUGGACGGUGGGAGCGGCCAUCAUCCCCGCGCUCCUCUGCACCAUCUUGGUGUUCAUGGACCAGCAGAUCACCGCCGUCAUCAUCAACCGCAAGGAACACAAGCUCAAGAAAGGCUGCGGCUACCACCUGGACCUGCUAAUGGUGGCCGUGAUGCUGGGCGUGUGCUCGGUCAUGGGCCUGCCCUGGUUCGUGGCGGCCACCGUCCUCUCCAUCACCCACGUCAACAGCCUGAAGCUGGAGUCGGAGGGCUCCGCCCCGGGCGAGCAGCCCAAGUUCCUGGGCAUCCGCGAACAGAGGGUCACCGGCCUCAUGAUCUUCGUCCUCAUGGGCUGCUCCGUCUUCAUGACCGCCGUGCUCCAGUUCAUUCCGAUGCCGGUGCUGUAUGGCGUGUUCCUCUACAUGGGGGUCUCUUCGCUAAGAGGGAUCCAGUUCUUCGAUCGGCUCAAGCUCUUCGGGAUGCCCGCCAAGCACCAGCCGGACUUCAUCUACUUGCGGCACGUGCCCCUCCGCCAGGUGCACCUCUUCACCCUGAUCCAGCUCACCUGCCUGGUGCUGCUCUGGGUCAUCAAAGCCUCGCCCGCCGCCAUCGUCUUCCCCAUGAUGGUCCUGGCCCUGGUCUUCGUCCGCAAGGUGAUGGACCUGUGCUUCUCCGAGCGGGAGCUGAGCUGGCUGGACGACCUCAUGCCAGAGAGCAAAAAGAAGAAGCUGGACGACGCCAAAGCCAAGGAGGAAGAGGAUUCGGAGAAGAUGCUGGACCUGGGUGGGGAUAAGUUCCCCCUGGAGACCAGGAAGCUCCUGUGCAGCCCCGGGAAGAACAACGGGGGCAGGGGCGACCCUUCCGAGAUCAACAUCUCCGACGAGAUGUCCAAGACGACGGUCUGGAAAGCCCUGAGCAUGAAUGCCGGGGGCGCCAAGGAAUAGAGCAAUCUGCCCUGAGGCAGGGGGUUGGACUAGAUGGACCCCCCCCCCCCAGGUUCCGCCCAUGGCCGGACUCCACCCCGUUAGCCGGCAGAGGGAGAGGGCACCGCUUCCUGCCGAUUCACCGCUUCCACGAGCCCUCUGAGGUCACACGUCCCCGAACGGCAGGAGGGCCGGUAGACCCGGCUCCAUGGCCGCCCGAGGACCGACUCGCCGAAGGGGGCCGGAGGUCAGGGGCGGAACCACCGCUCUCAUCCAUUGCGGUCUCGGGGCUCAGGUGGAAGAAACUCACCCAGGGCUGCCCCUGGGGCCUGCUUCUCCUCCUGGCCCCGCCACCCUCUCCUCAACCUAAGUGCCAUCCUCACACACGUGACCAGAAAGACCUAGAAAAUGUCCACAGAAAAAGGGAAAAGAAACCAUCUCCCCUGCCCAAACCAGAAUCGACGCUGUCUUUCCUCUUCGACUGUAAGCCGGUUGAGGGCAGGCCCGCUGUCAUCGUCCAACUGUCCGGGGAGAGGACGGAAACCUCCCGCUGGGAGCCGCGUGAAGUACCGACCCGGGACGGUUUUGAUCGGCUCUGGGGCUCCCCUUCCGCUCCCCCACCCCCCCGGGGAGACUGAGGCACAAGCAGGAAAGCUGGGGAUGUCGAGGAGAAUUGGGAGGAUCCGGGGGCUCGAUAGGCCAGCCGUCUCAUCCGCCCACCCGUGAGGACUCCUUCGGUCACCAGACACCCCCCCCGGCCGUGGCCUUGGGUCCUGCCCCAACCAAACUUGAGCAAGCCCCAUCUCGCCCCGUCUGGGCUUCCUCAGGCGAGUGAGGGUCUCCACCCUCUACCCGCCUCUCCUUACCCCACAGCUCCCGGACCCCUCGAUAUUCCCCGAUGGGCAUCUCCGAGCCAGAAACGAAACAAAUUCAGCAAAACCUCAUGAAUUUGGACCACAGUCGGGGAUGGAGGGGUGGGUGUGUGUCCAAAUUAGUGAAACCGCCUAAAUGGUAAAAGUGUUUGGGAAGAAA